GUAGAUGGAGAGCAUAUAGAUGACGCCCAAGAGACGUUUGUCAAGACGAUGAUUGAACAGCAAGCUACUAUUCAAGAUAGAUUACUUGCAUCAGCAGCAAAAAGUUUGUUGAAUAAAGAAGGAUGGAGCAACCAAGAAGAAAUCAACACAAAGUUGUGUUUGUCAAGCAUCGUAAAUCUUAUCUCCUCUGAAUCAGUCCCAUUUUUCAAUACAAUCUUGACAUCGUCACAAAUGACAGCCCUAGCUGAAUUCUCCGUUCCCAAAACAUCUGGAUUAUCUGAUGAGUGCAUUGCACUAUUCGACGAAUUGAUAAACGAGAGUACCAUUAUGGAACCAGAGAGUAUUCUAGAAAACAUUUACAGAAGCCAAGCAAAAUAUUGUUCAAAAAGAAAUUCAGAUAUAUUCAAAAUGCUGUGCAUACUACAACAAGUUAUCUCGCAAUUCGACGACUGGAGUGAACAAGCUGAUGAAGAAUCAAAAACAACAGUAUUCCGAAGAUUCGCUAUAUUGAUUGACAUCUUAUGUAGACAUACUCUGACAAAAAUGAAGGAUGGCGAGUGCGUGGCGCAAACAACACAAGAUGAAUGUAUUGCAUUACAAGCCAUUGCUGGAUUCAUAUCAACGUCGAAUGAAAAACCGUACGGUAGUAAAAUCGACCUUAUUGCCACAACACGCCUUGACGGAAGAUCAUACGACUUGAGUAGCAACGAAUGGAAGAAACAGAAUGCUUGUAGCUCGAUUGUUUUAAAACAGCAAGCAAAAAAUAUUCGCACAAAUGCAUCAAUCUUGUCAAGACUGCUACGCAUGGGCUGCACAAACUCUAUUCUUGCCAUGGAUUGGAAAGGUUGGCUACACUCGUUAAUGACAAAUAUUUAAAGCAUCAUACUAAAUAUCUCAAACACUCAAUAGGGGUCAACGGAUAUGCGUAUACGUUAUCGUUUACAAAUGGUGUUUUUCUUGCAAAGCAGCACACUGAACACACGACGCACAUCAUCAACUGUAACCUUGGCAACAGUCUCCUCGACCUCCUUUGGCGACAUGCGUGCGCCCGAAGUCAAAAGCUG